AUGAAUGAUCGCAUGGUGAUUGAUCGAAUAAAUACAGCUAUGAACAUGAUUAAGUCAAAAUAUGAGAGAGAUGAAGGCUUACAAAUUCUUGACGAAGUUCCUAUGACUGUAACGCAACUUAAUGAGACUCGGGCAGGGCAGAAGAUCUGUCGUGUGUUCCGCUCAUCACGCUACUUCGACCGUGCAAAAGCUUUACACAAAAAAUGGAUUCCAAUAGCUGAUAAAGAGCUGAUGGAACGGUGGGAUGAGUUGAAACAUUUGUGGCUUUCCAAAAGCGAAAUCAAAGAACUCGAUAGAGCACAAGCGAAAUAUGACAAAACUCAUAAUGUUAAUGAUAUGAAAUCCCCCAUCCCUAUCACACCUGGCCGACAACGCCACGAUUCCACUGAUCCAAACUCGAGCUUCACAAGAGAUAUUGAUAUUCUUUCGAAGGAGAAUGAUCGUUGGUUCAUGGAUGGUGUCACUCUUCCUGCAAUUCCCCGAACUCCGCGAGCGCGAGAAGUUGAUGAUUCGUUUGAUGAGUCUUUCCUCGAUUCCGAAAGUUCCAACAUUAGCGAUUUCCAAUUUGGAAUACCUGAGCGCCGUCCUCGGGGUCGACCACGCAAAAAUGCCGCCUUAUCUGGCUCUAGAGGGAGAGGAUCCUCUCGACGUGGUCGACGUGGACGCUACUAA